CUGGCGUUGUACUUCUCGCCUCUCUCUUUUUUUAUUCCAACCCCCCUUCCCCCUCCUCCGCUUUAUAUAAAGUAAGAAUAGCCUACCCCUUCUCAUACAUUGCCCGCUUGUCUCUCUUCUCCCGAUCCGAAUCUUUGGUAUUAGGGUUUUGUCUUGGCCUUUGCCCCAUUUCCCAGGGUGUGACCUAUAUACAUCUAAACUUAUUUCUCUUUGCUGGGAGUCAUGGCUGGAACUCUAGUAAAGUCGGCUACUUUCCCUGCUGUUACGAGUAGAGCCCACAUCCAGAUCCAAGGCUCUAGGAGGCCAAGCAGGUUAUCCCUAAUGAUGUGUAAUGUGAGAGUAUCUCCUCUAAGAAUGCAUGGGUUUACAGGACUGCGACAAUUAAAUGCCUUGGAUUUUCCAUACAAAUCUGGAAAAGACUUUCAUUCUUUGAUAUCAGCUUUAAAUCCUGCCUCUCGAGGGAGGGCCAAACGAGUAGUUCCUAAAGCUAUGUUUGAGCGAUUCACAGAGAAGGCUAUUAAAGUGAUCAUGCUUGCACAGGAAGAAGCUAGACGUUUAGGCCACAAUUUUGUUGGUACAGAGCAGAUUUUGUUGGGUCUUAUUGGUGAAGGAACUGGUAUAGCUGCAAAAGUUUUGAAAUCCUUGGGAAUCAGUCUUAAGGAUGCCCGCAUUGAAGUGGAGAAGAUUAUUGGAAGAGGCAGUGGCUUUGUUGCUGUUGAGAUACCUUUUACACCGCGUGCCAAGCGUGUCUUGGAACUUUCGCUAGAGGAAGCCCGGCAACUUGGUCACAAUUACAUAGGAACUGAGCACUUACUUCUGGGUUUGCUUCGUGAGGGUGAAGGUGUAGCUGCUCGUGUACUUGAGAGUUUUGGUGCUGACCCAAGCAAUAUUCGUACACAGGUCAUUCGUAUGGUUGGUGAAAGCACAGAAGCUGUUGGUGCAGGGGUUGGAGGAGCAAGCAGUGGCAGUAAGAUGCCUACGCUUGAGGAGUAUGGCACUAAUCUGACAAAGUUGGCACAGGAGGGUAGACUAGAUCCUGUUGUUGGGAGGCAGCAACAGAUAGAGCGCGUUACACAGAUCCUAGGCAGGCGGACCAAGAAUAAUCCUUGUCUUAUUGGAGAGCCUGGUGUUGGAAAAACAGCAAUUGCUGAGGGACUCGCUCAACGUAUUGCAAAUGGUGAUGUUCCAGAAACAAUUGAAGGAAAGAAGGUGAUUACCCUUGAUAUGGGUCUUCUUGUUGCUGGCACAAAGUAUCGCGGAGAGUUUGAAGAGAGACUAAAGAGACUGAUGGAAGAAAUAAAAAAAAAUGAUGAUAUAAUACUCUUCAUCGAUGAGGUCCACACAUUGAUAGGUGCAGGAGCAGCGGAGGGUGCAAUUGAUGCUGCAAACAUUUUAAAACCAGCUCUUGCAAGGGGUGAACUUCAGUGUAUUGGAGCCACAACACUUGACGAAUACAGGAAGCAUGUAGAGAAGGACCCAGCUUUAGAAAGAAGAUUCCAGCCAGUAAAGGUUCCAGAGCCAACAGUUGAUGAGUCAAUACAAAUUCUGAAAGGAUUACGUGAAAGAUAUGAGAUCCACCACAAACUUAGUUACACAGAUGAUGCUAUAGUUGCUGCUGCACAAUUGUCACAUCAGUACAUCAGUGACCGCUUCCUCCCUGACAAAGCAAUUGACUUGAUCGAUGAAGCUGGUUCACGUGUUAGGCUUCAUCAUGCACAGCUGCCCGAUGAUGCAAAAGUACUUGACAAGGAGCUUAAGCAAAUUGUAAAAGAGAAAAAUGAUGCUGUUCGUAGUCAAGAAUUUGAGAAGGCUGGGGAGCUACGAGACAGGGAAUUGGAACUGAAGACCCAAAUCUCAGCUCUGAUUGAGAAAACAAAGGAGAGAAAUAAGGCAGAAAGUGAGGCAGGAGAUGGAGGCCCAGUUGUCACAGAAGCAGACAUUCAACAAAUUGUUGCUUCGUGGACUGGGAUCCCUGUGGAGAAAGUCUCAACUGAUGAAUCUGAUCGCCUCCUUAAAAUGGAAGAGACUCUUCACAAACGUGUUAUUGGCCAGGAUGAGGCGGUCAAAGCCAUUAGCCGUGCUAUUCGGCGAGCUCGUGUUGGUCUAAAAAAUCCCAACCGCCCAAUUGCCAGCUUCAUUUUUUCAGGCCCCACUGGUGUUGGGAAAUCAGAACUGGCAAAGACAUUAGCUGCCUACUAUUUUGGCUCUGAGGAAGCUAUGAUUAGACUUGACAUGAGUGAAUUCAUGGAGAGACACACUGUUUCAAAGCUCAUUGGCUCACCACCUGGAUAUGUUGGCUAUACUGAGGGUGGUCAACUGACUGAAGCAAUUCGUCGUCGGCCAUACACUGUUGUCCUUUUUGAUGAGAUAGAGAAGGCCCACCCUGAUGUCUUCAACAUGAUGCUCCAAAUAUUGGAAGAUGGAAGGUUGACAGACAGUAAAGGGCGGACUGUGGAUUUUAAAAACACCCUCUUGAUCAUGACAUCCAAUGUGGGGAGCAGUGUCAUUGAGAAAGGAGGUCGGAGAAUUGGUUUUGAUCUGGACUACGAUGAGAAAGAUAGCAGCUAUAGCCGAAUCAAGAGCCUUGUUACAGAGGAGCUGAAGCAAUACUUUAGACCAGAAUUCUUGAAUAGACUGGAUGAGAUGAUCGUGUUCCGGCAGCUGACGAAGCUGGAGGUGAAGGAGAUUGCAGACAUUAUGUUGAAGGAGGUCUUUGAGAGGAUGAAAGGAAAGGAGAUUGAGCUUCAAGUUACGGAGAGGUUUAAGGACAGGAUAGUGGAGGAAGGUUACAAUCCUAGCUAUGGAGCAAGGCCGCUAAGAAGGGCCAUAAUGCGGCUUCUUGAGGACAGCUUGGCUGAGAAAAUGCUUGCUGGAGAAAUCAAAGAGGGUGAUUCAGCUAUUAUGGAUGUUGAUUCUGAUGGCAAUAUUACAGCUCUUAAUGGCAGGACUGCCUUAUCAAUCCAUCAGAUCUAGCUAUCCUCUUAUGAUAUGUCAACAUCUUCUGCAGUAGUUAAUUUCUUCAGUCUUAUGUUUUAAUUAGACAGUUCCAAAAGCUUUUAAUAGCUGGUAGCUAUGCAGUCAAAUUUCCGAGUUAAAAACUGAAUCCUUUUUGGCUUUUUGCUUGUUUCAACAUACAACCCCAUACUUCUGCUUUAGGUUCAAUUACAAUUGCUGAAAGGAUGAAGCAUAAUGUUAUCAGAAAUGACAAAGGUGAAAAAAGAUUCUUCUGAUUCUCAUUGCAAUUCUUGGAACAUUCAUUUUAUUGUACUAAGACUAGCAACAUUAUUGGUAUAUUAUUAACACUAUAUUCUUGCAUUGAGUUAAUGAGCUUGUUUCAGUGCUUCUGUUGGC